AUGGAGCGACCAGACCGACUCGCCGGUUCGUCCGUCGGUUCUGCUUCACAAGCUUCAAUUCCACGAAGCUUGCCCGAAAACCACACUUCUGGACGACGUCCAGUCCCAAACUCAGCUGCCACAUCAAACGGCCCUCCGCCGCCUCCUCCUAUCCCUAACCUGCGCAGUGUUCCAUCCAGUUCAUCGCUUUCGACCGCUAGCAUGUCGGCAGCCCAAGUUAUCAGUCUCGCGCGCGAGGCUAUGCAAAAUGCAAUCGAAAGCGAGAGUCAAGCCGCUGAGGCUGGUGCAGUCGGCACAGGCCUACGAACUGGAGUUACUAUCGACUUGAGUCGUAAGGGGAUCCAAAAGUUACCAGAUGAGGUCGUCGACAUCGUUAAGGGCGAACUAGAACGAUCCGCUUCCAAGGGCUCGACUGCUCGAUCUGACGCCGAUACUUAUACAGUCUCCAGACUAGCAUUGUCUCAUAACCAGCUGACAAGCUUGCCUGCUCGCUUUUCCGAAUGUACAUCAUUACGGUAUCUCAACAUCCGAGGCAACCAGAUCAAGGAAUUUCCCAUGCCUCUGUGUGACUUGGCAUCUUUAGAAAUCCUUGACCUUGGCCGAAACCAACUUCGAAUUCUCCCAGCAGAUAUUGUCAGACUCUCCUCCUUGAAAGUGUUGUCUAUACCAAAGAAUCAAAUCCGGGAACUGCCGCUUUGUAUUGCAGAUAUGGGCUCGCUGCAAGUAAUCAAGUUUGAAGGAAACCCUAUCAGCUUCCCGCCGCGAGAUGCAAUCCAAGUCCAAGCGGCGAGCCCUCCGCACGAGGGUGUUCAAAAAGAUAACGAAGUGACGGAGGUGGCGGUCACUUUACAGAUCAAACGAUACCUAAAGCAACAUACUAUCAACGGUCGAUCCGAAUCUGACAACACUGGAGAUGAAUCAAGCGAGGGCGCGGAAACCCCACGAUUUCCUUUGAAGAGAGUGGCUAGUGGACGAUUUCCUGUCAAAGUGCAAGGAGCCGAUUUACCUGACAUCCGUUCUCCCAACAUUGGAUCGCGAGCACCUCCGAUACCGUCAAGAUCACACUAUCGCGGUCUCUCGCAGCAGAACACCGCUUUUCGACGACCUGGUGUUAUGCCCCUGACAAUUGGUAAUGUCAACGAACGUGUCCGCAGCAACUCUGAAAGCCUACUUCGGGCUGAAAGAUCAGAUGGCCGCAGCAGGCGAAUGGGAAUAGUCUCACGAAAACCGUCCGAUCUAGGUACACUGGAUGAGAUGCAGGUUAAUAACCGUUUCAGCCAUUACCGCGGCUUGAGCCACGGGUCUGCCAUGCAAGGGAAUCAAGCAACGACUAAGAGUCCAGCAACACCGACCGAGCCCUACCUCGCACGACCUAUAUACGUGAGACGUCUCUCAAUCCUCCCUGAAAGGCGCAGAGAGUCAAAGAUAUACGACCCAGUGAUUGAAGCUGCGAAGGGAAUCCUUUACUCGGUCUUCCAGAUUCAUCCCAUGAUCCAGGUGCUAAUGGGCUUGACAAGCGACGACUCGGCCAAGCGAUCCAGCCUCGAAAUAGUGUUCUACAACACCAACUCGCAUGUUGAAGAAUUGGAGCAGGAGCUCCAAAAACACGAAAACGCAUUGGCCGAGAUUGACGAUCAUUCUCAACGAGAGAAUGAGAACGUGCAACGGGCGUGUCAGACUCUGGUCAGCGCCUAUGGUCACGUCUGCACACUUUUGGCCGAUAACAUUGAUACAUUUGUGGAUUUCGGAGACGCCCGAUAUAUUCGGAGCCUCCUUUUGACCCUCUAUAAUAGUAUCAUGGAACUUCGUGUUACCUUGUCAUGCGUCAAUACCGAGGACGUCCGUCGUCAAGCUAUCCCCAGGGGAGGCCAAACUGGCGAGCGCACUAUUAGAGCACAUGCACGAGAACCAUCCGUAACUCCAACUGUUGGCAGGCCGACUGGAGCUCGCAACCGCAAUGGUACCUUGGUCAACCAUCCGAUCAACCUACGUGUUGCCACCGAUGUUCCGGUGCCUACGCCCCUUUCUGCAGCAUAUCUCAAUGGCACCGGGCGCACUGCUACCCUUGCUUCGGCCACACCUCGAUCAGGAGAAUCUUUCUCCUCCAUUGGCAGUCGCGGCAUGUCAUCGGAAUUUACAGAAGAGGAUCGACAGUUCGAACGGAUUUUCUUGGCUUUACAAAAGUCUACCGAUCUCGUUAUGGGAACGCUGCCUAGCUUCAACGCCCAACUGGCAGGUGGCUUGAGAAAUGCCAUGUAUCAACGAACUCCUGAAAGUGUUAUUCAACACUGGAAAGGAUUGAUUGCUAUGUGUAGUCAUGUCAUCCAGCAGACAGAAAUUCUCAAAAACAGACUGUCCAUGAUCAAGCUAAAGGAGCCAGGUGUUCGAACGCAGGCAAGUUUCUGGAGUCUCUGCAGUAACUUCAGUCACUCGUGGGCGGAUAUGAUCUCUCAGAUCAAGUACGGACCCAACAGUGUGCCGCUGCCCCCUGAUACUCGGGCACGCUUACGGCCCAUCCAACAGAGUAUCAAGGAGACAAGCAGUAUAAUCUACAAAUCACCAUGGCACUAUCUGUUCCAUCCUUCCGGUGCGAACGGUCAGGCCUACCCUCCUCGCGGCAUGUCACCUACGCAAGUUCCCAUCACGCCACAGAGUGCUGCUCUGGGCCCUGCAAUGCAGGCAACAGUUCCCACUACGCCUCAAAGCAGUUCAUUCGCAGCAGCGUUCCACGGGAAUGUCUUUGAUCGAGCCGAUGCCCUUAUGGCGAACCCGGGUAUCUCUAUGGGCCGCAAUGGUGGUUUUGGCAAAGGCCAUAUGGGCUUCAGCUCGCUGUCUUCUUUAUCUUCCAUGUCUUCCGAUGAAGGAAUACUUCCCACCCACGGUCCACUUGGACCGGUGCCCCUUCGUCUUAAUGGAGGCAAAGUUGCCUUUUAG